GGGCUCCGGCUGCGCUCGUGGCCCGGCCGGGCGGGCAGGCCGGUCCCGCGGGCGGGGGCGGGGGCGUCUCCGCGGCUUCUCCCGCCGCCGACGCCAAGGGGAGUUUCCAGGAAGUGGCCAUAUUGGAUCCAUUCAGCCGCAGCCGCCCGGGCGGAGCGCGUCCCGCAACUGGCUCGUCCCCGUCCCGGCCCCGGCGCUCGCCCCGGCCCGCCCGCUCGCUCCGUGCGGAGCUCGCCAUGGCGGCCACCGACCUGGAACGCUUCUCGAAUGCAGAGCCGGAGUCCCGGAGCCUCUCCCUUGGGGGCCACGUGGGCUUUGACAGCCUUCCCGACCAGCUGGUCAGCAAGUCGGUCACUCAGGGCUUCAGCUUCAACAUCCUCUGUGUGGGGGAGACUGGCAUCGGCAAGUCCACGCUGAUGAACACACUUUUCAAUACGACCUUUGAGACCGAGGAAGCCAGUCACCAUGAGGAGUGCGUGCGCCUGCGGCCCCAGACCUAUGACCUCCAGGAGAGCAACGUGCAGCUCAAGCUGACCAUUGUGGACGCUGUGGGCUUCGGGGAUCAGAUCAAUAAGGAUGAAAGUUACAGGCCCAUCGUCGACUACAUCGAUGCGCAGUUUGAGAACUAUCUGCAAGAGGAGCUGAAGAUCCGCCGUUCCCUCUUCGAUUACCACGACACCAGGAUCCACGUUUGCCUCUACUUCAUCACGCCCACAGGGCAUUCACUCAAGUCCCUGGACCUGGUGACCAUGAAGAAACUGGACAGCAAGGUGAACAUUAUUCCCAUCAUUGCCAAGGCUGACACCAUCUCCAAGAGUGAGCUCCACAAGUUCAAGAUCAAGAUCAUGGGCGAGCUGGUCAGCAAUGGGGUCCAGAUCUACCAGUUUCCCACUGACGACGAGGCUGUUGCAGAGAUAAAUGCAGUCAUGAAUGCACACCUGCCCUUUGCUGUAGUGGGCAGCACCGAGGAGGUGAAGGUGGGGAACAAGCUGGUCCGAGCACGGCAGUACCCUUGGGGAGUGGUCCAGGUGGAGAACGAGAAUCACUGUGACUUUGUGAAGCUUCGGGAGAUGCUGAUCCGGGUAAACAUGGAAGACCUCCGUGAACAGACCCACAGUCGACACUACGAGCUCUACCGACGCUGCAAAUUGGAGGAGAUGGGCUUCCAAGACAGCGAUGGUGACAGCCAGCCCUUCAGCCUACAGGAGACAUAUGAGGCCAAGAGGAAGGAGUUCCUGAGUGAGCUGCAGAGGAAAGAGGAAGAGAUGAGGCAGAUGUUCGUCAACAAAGUGAAGGAGACAGAGCUGGAGUUGAAGGAGAAGGAAAGGGAGCUUCAUGAGAAGUUUGAGCACCUGAAGCGGGUCCACCAGGAGGAGAAGCGCAAGGUGGAGGAGAAGCGGCGGGAGCUGGAGGAGGAGACCAAUGCCUUCAAUCGCAGGAAGGCAGCCGUGGAGGCUCUGCAGUCACAGGCCUUUCAUGCCACCUCACAGCAGCCUCUGAGGAAGGACAAAGACAAGAAGAACAGAUCAGAUGUAGGAGGAGUGCACCAGUCGGGCAUGAGCCUCUCCAACUCUAAAGUGAUGAUGACCAAGGCCAGUGUGGAGCCCUUGAACUGCAGCAGCUGGUGGCCCGCCAUACAGUGCUGCAGCUGCCUGGUCAGGGACGCGACGUGGCGGGAAGGAUUCCUCUGAGGCAGCAGCUCCACCACGUGGGGCCAGCCCAGUACCACCAGGGCGUGGAACUGGAGACCGUGGUUUUUAAUGUUAGAACAGAAAACCCCAUAGUUUUCAUAUAUCAAUGACCAAAAGUGCAAACAAUUUAAAUUUCCAUCAGGGAGCAUCAAAUUUGCCCAACCCUUUUCAUUCCCAUCCAUGGCCCCAUAUGGCACUGGAGGCUUAAUGCCCAUUUUAUGGCCAAGCAGAGCUUGAACCUUGGAGAGAGAAGAGUCUGCUCUGUGACAUGGUCAUUAACAUCAUGAGCCUAAAGUACCUAGAUGACAAUGUUUCAAUUCUGACAAAUAGAAGCAUACUAUUCAAGAUCAAGGCAGCAGCAAAUUUACUUAUAUCUGCUUGACAUGAGAAGAAGCUCUGUCACUUGGCAACAGUGAUCAGUUUUCAUAAUGAAACAUCCCUUAGUGAUUUAAUCUUCAUGCUUCAUAACAGACCAAAACCCGUGACAUUUCCACGUUACAUAAUUUUGCCUUACUAACAGAAUCAUAUCCUUAAGGAUGACCAUCAUUCCCCUAACUAAAAACAAAAACUAAUGUCUGAUAUUUUUUUAAGUGCCAGAUCAAUAUGCUCUAAAGCCUCCAAAAGCAUUGUGUGUGGGUGAACAAAGACAGCUAAGUGAAUGUGUGUAAAGUGUAGCAAAAGCAGAUAGCUUUUUAUGUACAGUAUUCAUAGAAUGGAAAGUGAAAUAUUUUUGCAGUGUGUAUUUAAAAGAGAAACCUACCAUAAUAGUGCUGUCUAAAAAACCUUUGUAAAGUUCAUUUAAUGUCGGUUAGAAGUAGUCUGGUGGAACUGUGUUGGAUUUGGGUCUAUUUAAGAUACAUUUUCACUCUUCCGUAUAUCAUGAGCCUCAUAGGUAGGUCACCUCACUGUGGUGCAUGUGCAAGGACGUGUGCACACCUGUGCUUUGCCGUCCUAUGUGGUGAACAGCUGUUCCAAAGGCACGAAUGAGUCUGUGGUAGACUCUGCAAACUCCUUGUACUCACUAUAGUCAAGAAGGCCAGCGGCGUCCCGAUAUAGAGGUCUCAGUGCAGUCUGUCCAGAAUAGCCAGCUCUAUCUUUGGCAGCUCAUUCGGGGUAUAGCCAGAGCCACAGUGAUUUAUGAAGUCUUUUAUGCGUGGAAUUAACUGUAAAAAGAAAAUAAAGAGGCCAAAGCCCUACAUCAUG